AUGUACAAAAUCAAAAAAAUAGAGCGACAGGGUAAUGCAUCGCUUAAAGUGAUUGAGGAGACACGGUCGUUGCCUUCCGCAUUCACCACAACCAUUGGCGGUGAAUCAGGAAGGAAUUGUACCUCAAGUACUCAUGGACGAGGCUUCUGCCUCCUUCUUGACACUUUGAUGAGGAGAUGGUGUUAUGUGAGUCGAUUUAAGGAUCCACCAUUCUUUUUCCAUGGCAGUGAAGAUUGGUGGUGUGAUUUAUACGAUCUACGUGAGUUGGUUACCCGCAUGAACACUAGUGCUUGGUUACCCGCAUGA